UGCUGCAGGGGCCUUGGUUCAGUAGCAUGAAGCUGAAUUUCAGUGGCCUGAGGGCCCUGGUCACAGGGGCAGGGCAAGGUGAGGCUCUGCUGACCUACCACUGGACUGGCCGGGACACCGUGAAGGCCCAUGCCUCAGGAGCCAGAGUGGUGGCCGUGACUCGCACCAACGCAGACCUGGUCAGCCUUGCCAAAGAGUGUCCCGGGAUAGAGCCGGUGUGUGUGGACCUGGGUGACUGGGAGGCCACAGAGAAGGCGCUGGGCGGUGUUGGCCCCAUGGACCUGCUGGUGAACAACGCAGCAGUACUUAUCGCCCAGCCUUUCCUGGAGGUCACCAAGGAAGCCUUUGACAGGUCCUUCGAUGUGAAUCUCCGCUCUGUGUUUCAGGUGUCUCAGAUAGUGGCCAGGGACAUGAUUGACCGUGGAGUGGCCGGGUCCAUCGUCAAUGUCUCCAGCAUGGUGGCCCACGUCACCUUUCCUAACCUGAGCUCCUACAGCUCCACCAAGGGCGCAAUGACCAUGCUGACCAAAGCCAUGGCCAUGGAACUGGGGCCACACAAGAUCCGGGUGAACUCUGUAAACCCCACUGUGGUGCUGACUGACAUGGGCAGGAAAGUCUCCGAGGACCCCGACUGGGCCAGGAAGCUCAAGGAGCGCCACCCACUGAGGAAGUUUGCAGAGUUGGAGGACGUCGUCCACAGCAUCCUCUUCCUGCUCAGCGACAGCAGCGCCUCCACCAGUGGCUCAGGCAUCCUGGUGGACGCUGGCUACCUGGCCUCCUAGACUCCCCAGGAGGUGGACCCCCUGCAGGCCUCCCUGGCCCCAUCCUCACAACCAGACCUUGCCUUCAACCCAGCUCAACAGUUCUGCUUC